UGGCUUUGAUAAUCAGAUAAUACUAAUUUAUUUUCGAGUAUCACCGAGCUUUCUUGAAUUACGUCAAACGUCGAUAAAUAUUCGCGGAAAAAUUGCAGCGCUAUUUUUACGUGAGUUUUGGAACGCGUUAAAAAUCCCGCGAUUUUGGUACGAUCCGAAACCCAUCGAGAAGAGGCGUCAUAACCUUUCGAUUUUACAAUAAAAUAAUUAAAGAGAUAUCUUUGUAAAAUGUGGGCUGGGGAGAUAAAGAAAGAAGUUGCAACUUUGAUGGUUCAUACAUAUCCAUUAUGUAAGCACAGUGAUAUGCCAGAGGAUAUGAAGCAGGAAGCCAUAGAAACCUGUGUCACCGCUGUGGAAAAAUAUUCAGAGAAUUACGAGCAUGCAGCUCGCAUGAUCAAAGAUAAUCUGGAUAAAAAAUUUGGCCCACCAUUCCAAGUAGUUGUCGGGGAAGCUUAUGCAUGUGCAACUACAUAUCAAGAGAAUUCGCUAUUAUAUAUGUUUAUUGGAGGUAACAUAGCAGUUCUUGUAUGGAGGACGGUUACAGGUUUUUGAUAAAUUUUACAUGCAAAAGAUAAAUAUGUACUUUCAAAUACUGUCAUGUAUAUGAAUUUUCUAAAUAUAUGUUAUGUAUUAUUAUUAUCUUCUUACAAACAAGUACUUUUAAUGUUGAA